AUGUACGAGGACUCCUCGGAAUCCUCGGACGUCAAGGAGUCGGGGACGAGUAGACGCGGUCGACACGGUCGACACGGGACCCUCAAGAAUGUCGUCGGCAACGCCUUUGGGAAGUCGGGGAAGUCCUACGACAGACUCGCCGAGAUGGUACGAGAGGAACUCGCCUGGAAGUACGAAAUCCCCAAAGACGGGAAACCUCGAAUCUACAAAUUGAGGAAGGAAAAAAUCGUCUGGAACCAAGACUUGAAGAUUGCCAAGUACGAAGUCGGAGCGAAGACGAACAAAGACGUGAAAGAAAAGGUUCUCAUGCUCGUUGGCGCCACCGGUGCAGGGAAAACUACGAUGAUCAAUGGAAUCGCGAACUACGUGUACGGAGUGGAAUGGAAGGACGACUUCAGGUUGAAGCUCAUCACGGAGAGGAAGACGCAAACCAACGAGGAGACCUCCGCCAGCAGUCAGACGAAGCAGGUAUCCGCCUACACCCUUCACUGGCAGAAGGGAUCCCCGAUCCCCUAUACGUUGACCAUCAUCGACACCCCGGGCUUUGGGGACACCGAGGGGCUGGAUGUCGACCGUCAGAUGUUAACUAAGGUACAUGCAUUCUUUGCCGCCUGCAAACCUCACGGCUUGGACUCGCUGAGCGGUAUUGGGUUCGUACUGCCUGCUUCUGUUUCGAGACUGACUGGGGCCCAGAAAUACAUAUUCGAUUCCGUGAUGGAAAUGUUCGGCAAAGACAUGAAGGAAAAGUUCUACGUUCUCAUUUCCUUCACGGAUGGUCAGAGGCCCAAAGUCCUCAACACUCUCAAGGCUGCCAAUAUCCCUCAUGAUAAGUCCUUUCAAUUCAACAACUCCGCCUUGUUUUCCGGCAACGAAGCGGACGAGGGGUUCCAGUACAUGUUUUGGAUUAUGGGAAUCCAAAGUUACAGCACCUUUCUUUCGGAUUUCCAACACUCGGACCCUGUCCCUCUCAAACUCACCAUGGAGGUAUUGGAGGAUCGACAUCGGCUACGAGAGAUAAUGGAGAAACUGGAAUCGGAAAUUCCGCGAGGCUUGAAUAGAUUGGAGGAGUUCCGCGAGACCUAUCAGAGCCUGCAGAACAGCAAGGACAACCUAGAAAAAUUCAAGGUGACGACGACGAUAUCUGAAUCGGUGGCACUACCGGACGGAGUAUUCGCCAUCAACUGCACCAGGUGUAGCGGCCGGACGUGUGAGCAUCCGAGCGACGUCCUCGACAAGGAUCUGAAGUUGAGCAGGUGCAUGAGGACCCGGACGACGACGAGUACCCCGAGGUGCAUCCGAUGCAACUGUGCCUUCCAAGACCAUGCGCUCCAGAGCUGGCGAUACGAGGAGAAAGUCGUGACCGCACUCAGGUCUGAGGCCGAAGUCCGCCGGCAGUACGCGAAGGAGUUCAAGAAACACGCGUCCAAGGAGCAACUGAUGAAAAAACUGGCUGCGGAAAUCCGCUCCUGUCAGAUGGAAGUGUACAGCAUGAUCACCGACGCCCAUCAGUUAAUGAAUAUACUUCGCGACAAGGCCUUGCGGCCGGAACCGAUGACGGCCGUGGAGUACAUCGACCUCCUCAUCCAGGCCGAGAGAGGUGAAGCGAAGAAGGGUUACGCGGAACGCAUCCAGCACCUGGAGGCGGCGAAGCGGGCAUCGGAGCUGACCGAGAAGAUCCUCCAGGGUCAGCACAACCCUUUCCCGCAGCUCCGGGAUGCCAUCGACGACAUGGGCGUGGACCUCAUGGAACUGACCCAGCAGGCCACGGAGAGCGUCGACGCGGCCGACAGUCUCGUCGAGACCAUCCGGGUUUACCUGAAGAAAAUCAACGAGCGCUUGCAUGACAUGAGCCCCUUGAAAGAAAAGAUGAAACAGGGCAGGAAGAAACUCAUGAGCUUAUUAAGGCCAUCUCCAAAAGUUGAACCAUAGCGAUAUGACUUUUGGUAUAAGAAUCGUUUUGCCAUCCCGAGUGUUGACCGUUCAUCGUGCAAAAUGAGCCAACGAGUAGAUCAUUAUUGUUCGCCCGAUUUGUCGUGGUCCUGUUUUGAUUACUCGUCUUUCCUUAACUUUUCAUUGUGAGCAGAGCCCUUACUUCACAAAUAUAUGCAAAUCGAAUUCGCAAC